AUGGUCCUCGACUACGACCAGCCGUCCCAGUCGGGCUCCGGAUUUGGCGACGACAGCUCCGUCAACAACGACCCCUACUUCGCCCACAACCCCCCCAACGAGCUCCUGAGAAAGUUCCCCACGACUAUCACCCUCCCCCCGUUUACCUUUGGCCGACGCCUCCUGCACUGGUCCCAGGCCAACUAUGAAAACAAGCUCUCGCUGCUCAUCUGCGCCCAGCUGGAUGCCGCCUCCGCCAUGAUGAACCGGCCCGUGACCCAGGAGGAGACAAAUGCCAUUGUCGACCAGGCUUCUAUGCUCUCUGACGUCCCCGAAGCGGCGGGGCUCCUGGGCGGGACACUGGGCGUCUGGCUGGGAGGCAAGCCGGUGAACGUCAACCCAAAGGACGCCGAGGCCAUGACCAAGCUAUCCCCCGCCGCCAGGCUCCGGGCCUCAAGGACCGCUCACAUCGCUUUUGUCCUGCCCAUCUGUUUUCUGGCUGGAUACUGGAUUUCCAGUUCCAUUGCUCGAAUCAGCGUUGCCCUGGCCACCGCGCGGGAUCAGCGCAUGGCGCAGUUCCAAAAGGACGUGACCAAGCAGAACCCCGAGGAGGUCCAGCGGCGGUUGAAGCAGGUCCGCGACGAGGCUUACGCUCGGCGCCGCGCUGCAAUGUACGGUGACCAACCGCCGCCCCAGCAACAGAGAGGUCCUCCGUCCGGAGACGAUGCAAGUCCCACCGGCGGCUAUCUCGAGUCCGGCGGUUCCUACGCCCAGUACGGAUCGCAGCCCAACGACUCCAAGAUCCUCAGCGACGUCUACUCGCAGCCAAACGGAGGUUUCCAGUCGCAAUCACCGCCACAGUACCCCCAGCGGCCGCAGCCGCCCAGCGCACUCGAGCCGACCCAGGGUCAAAGCUUCUGGGAUGACGACGCCAGCCCUACGAACCCCGACGUCGACAUCACUCCCAGAACCGCCACCGGAAGUACAUGGGAGCGCAUCCGUCAAUCAGCCGCCGCCCGAACACCCCCACAACAGCAUCAACAACAACAGCAGCAGCAGCAGCAGCCACCGUCCAACCAGGAGUGGCGGUCGUCGGAUUACGAUGCCGGCAGGGACUCUAGUGACAAUUACACGCAGGCCCCCAGGGAGCGGGCCCAGAAGGAUUUUGAUAACUUGCUCGAAAGGGAAAGGGAGUUUGGAUCUGACCGGGAUAGAGACGGUGGGAAUGCCUGGCAGAGACGGUGGUAG